GCGUCACAAGAAAAUCUGGUACUAAUAGGGUCACGCAAAAAAUAGUUUUAGUCGUUGUCGAGAGAAACUGUUGCUGAAGGAAAUGGCCGGUUGCCUAUGUUGUCGUCGUCCUCCUCCUUCUUUUCCGCCAGGUUCAUCACUUCGCAUAGUAUUAAUUGGAAAAACUGGAGUCGGAAAAAGUGCUGUGGGAAACACUAUCCUUCGCAGAAAGGUUUUUGAAUCAAGCCCUUCUGCAAACUCUGUCACGGAGCGGUGCAAAAAAGCACUGGUCAGUGACCAAAGAGAGAUUUCCGUGAUUGACACGCCCGGAAUCUUGGAUACCAGUAAAUCAAAAGACCUCAUCAAAAGAGAAAUAGUGAGAUGUAUUCAGGUUUCAGCACCAGGUCCUCACGUGUUCCUGCUGGUGUUACAAAUUGGCCGUUUCACUACUGAGGAGCAAAGAUCAGUCCAGGCCCUGCAAGAGCUCUUUGGAGAAGAAGCUUCAAAAUACAUGAUAGUGGUCUUCACUCAUGGAGACGCACUUAGUGCUCAAACAAUUGAAGACUAUGUGAAAAAUGGCCAUGCAGAGCUUCGUAGAGUGAUCCAGAGUUGUGGUAGUAGAUUUGUUGUUUUUGAUAACACUGAUAUGAAGAAUCGAGCUCAAGUGAUGACAUUAAUUAAGAAAAUCGAUGAAAUGGUGGCAGCAAAUGGAGGAAAUUGCUUCACUCAAGAAAUGUUUAGAGAAGCGGAAGAAAAGAUUCAGCAACAGAAAGUGGACAGAGCGGUCGCAGAGCUUCUAGAAUAUCAGUUUAGCUUUCUUGGGGUUCUUGACAACAGAGUUGCUUUGUUCCAACAAGUACUGAUGGAAGGCCUUCGCGAACAGUUUGCUCUUGACAGUGGCAGUUACGAUUACCAAAGAGACUUAGAAAACUCAUUUAUGUGAUGUGGUGGAAUAUGUUGGAGUACUAAUUUGACUGUGCAGCACAUAUCAGAAUGAAUAAUUAUACGUGGAAGCUUGUGAAUCUAAUAUGAAGGCACUGUAUUCUGUAGCACUUUUUGGUUUAAAGGAGAAGUUCACUUCCAGAACAAAUAUUUACAGAUAAUUUACUCACCCCUUUGUCAUCUAAGAUGUUCAUGUCU